AUGCGGUGGUCAAUUCUGUCCUCGUUAUUCUGGUUACUAGUCGCAUCUAGCGCCCAUUAUUUGGAAGAUGAUAACUAUGAUCCCUUUAACAAGACGCUUUGGCGUCGUGUUCGAGGUCCCGGAGGUGAUGGUGGUGGCCAACAGCCAACCGCCUCAGAACUUUUCUUGAUAGGAGACUCUUCUCUUCCAGCAAGCUGCGCCUCUCGGGUGGACGUCUUGGAUGAAUGGGUGAAUGAAGCAAACCUGCUUCACGAGGCAGCUAUGACAGUUUACAGCGGCUAUAAGACCAAAAAUGCAUAUGCGAUACUCAUGAACCAAUUCUUCGGCUUCGCCAUAACAAUAAAUCGUAACCCCAAUGGUCCAAACACAUAUUCAUUAACGCCCAGAAAUGGUGUCCCACAGAGAUACACAACUAUUGGUGAUCGCCUCGCACGAGUCUCACAAUUCCUUGCUGGAGCUGGCUUGCGUGAUCCCCCAGUACCCGGGGAAGCUCCUCGAGUUUUAUGCUCAGGCGACGCACACCAGCUGGUCGGUCCAGGCGAUAUCACCAGGGACAAGAAUGGAAACAGAGUUGUCACGGCCAGAGACCCCACCACAAAUGAGCCAACAGAAUACUUAUCAAUUCAAGAUGCUUUUAAAUAUGAGGAAGAGGCGAACUUCUUCUGGGUAAGCGCGUUUAAUGGCUACGCUCAACUUAAGAAGCUAUCUGCUGGCGAAACUGAGGCUUGUCCGAAGGACAACAUUCGCUACGCCGCAACCAAUCGUGGUGGUACCCUUUCAAAGAUCAUUGAACCAAGUUUUGAGUUUGGUAAAUGUAAUAGAAUGAUACUGUUUUGUCCAGCCUCCUUCGACGUCAAGCAAUGGGUGGCGGGAGAGCCGGGCAACGCGCACAACUUUCCAUCGCUCGCACAAGCCGUGACCAUCGAUAACUAUCCCUCUGCUACUGCGGGCAAGGGUGGUACGAAGACUCUUGAUGACUUGGGUUUGGAUAAUAUCCUGCCUAGGAGCGCCACCUUGUAUCACGAGCUGAUUCAUUUGACGGACAAUUACGACACAAAAGAUCCCUAUUACCAAUUGUCAGACAUUCUGAGAACCGCCAAGAAAGAAGAUACGAAGUCGGAACUAAUUAAAAACCCAGAGAGCUUUGUAUUUUUUGCCAUGGCAGCAUACAUGACCAUCAAUGCACCUGAGGGUGCUAGUCCUGUGACGUACAUGGGUGGUUUGCCGAUGAGAGUUAGUGAGAUUCCUUUCUAA